GUUGAGCCUCCCCUUCCCUCCGACGCCAUAAACCCGAGAAAAACCCUGACGAAGGAACGGCCGUUUCCCUGCGCGAGAAAUUCCCUCCUUUCCGGCGGCCGUCUCUCUGCUGCCAUUUCCGAUUCAUACCUGUUCCGUCAAUUAUCCAUUGAAGCUCGUCUACAAGAGUGAGUCGAGCCAGCUGCCACUCGAGACUCAGCCACCCGUUCGUUUGGCGAUUUCCAGGAGUGUUGCCAUCGGUUGUUGUCAUGGGCUCUUCAAACAUCGGAGACAUCCUGACGGCGUUUAGCCCGUCGCUGGACUUCUUGGCCGUCAGCUCCGGAGAUGGCCGGAUUAAGAUUUGGGACACUGUGAAAGGCCAGAUUCAGACAGAGUUUGCAGACAUCACCGGAAGUGAUGAGACGAACCCAUACAUUAAAUCUGAUAGAGGUCACCUCUCUGUUGAUUACACGUGCAUGAAAUGGUUAGCUGUCGAUGGAAAGAAGAAGAGAAAGCUCGGUUCCUCAUUGUUAAUUUUAGGAACUGGUAGUGGUGAUGUCUUGGCACUUGAUGUGUCUGCUGGUCAGUUGAAGUGGAGAGUCAGUGAUUGUCAUCCGGGGGGUGUGAGUGCCAUCUCAUUUUCUAAGCAGCGCUCGCACAUUUUUACGUCUGGUGCUGAUGGCAUGAUAUGUGAAAUCGAUUUCCUGACAGGAAAUCUUGUGCAGAAGUUCAGAGGUUCAACAAAAGCAAUAUCGGCUAUGACGAUCUCACCAGAUGGAAGGAUGGUGGCUACCGCAGCUUCACAACUGAAGAUACUCAGUAGCACAGACCACAAGAAGAUUCAAAAGUUCUCCGGUCAUCCUGGAGCUGUUCGCUGCAUGAUCUUUUCUGAUGAUGGGAAUUAUAUUCUUUCCUCCGCUGUUGGCGAAAGAUAUGUUGCUAUGUGGAGAGUUGGUGGUGGGAAGAAGCAAUCGGCAGACUGCAUUCUUGCAAUGGAGCACCCUGCUGUCUCAAUUGAUUGCAGAAUCAAUCAAAGUAGUGAAAUCGAUAAUCGGGGUCUGUAUGUCCUGGCAAUUUCUGUGACUGGUGUCUGUUACUUUUGGUGUGCAAAGGAUAUCGAGGAAUUGCGUAAUGCAGUUCCCACGAAAAUCUCUUUAUCCAACGAGGAGAAUUUGUCCAGCAAGACCCGUGCCAUCACAUCUACUAUAUUUGCUGCAAAAUUGCAGGGCAUUGCGAGUGCUUCAUCGGGACAAAUAUUUGUUGCUUUUGGCUUGCUAGUAAAGCCAUUGUUCCAGAAAAUUUUAGUUAGUUCAGGUGAAAAUGUGAAGUUGAGGAGCUCCUCAGAUGGGGUUCUCUUGCCUAUGAGUCAAUCUCUGACUCUAUCUAAGAAAGCGCGAGAUGUUGAUAACAAAGUGUCUGCACUGGAUCGAGCAAAUGCAGAGGAUGCUUUGCUUCCUAUUCCAAAGUUAGUUGAAUUUAAUGAGAGGGACAAAACACAGUGGCAUCUUGCUCUUGACCCUGAUGAGGUAAUUGCUGAUUUAGUAAAAAGCCGGAGCGAAGCUAAGUCUGAAGAGAGCCAAGUAGAAGUCACUACGAAACCAAUUUCCAUGGAGGACCAGCUGAGAUCACUCGGUAUACUCGAUGGAGAUUCUUUGACUUCUAAAUCCAGAGUUGAUUCUUCUGCAUUCAAGAGAAUAGAUUUUGAUGCUAAUCUUUCACCCAAGAAGAUGAGAGCUGCCAUUUUGUCUAUGACUCCGACCGAAGCGUAUGGGUUACUAGAAACUCUUAUUGCCGAUUGGCAAUCGAGGUCACGUAGUGCAAAGGCAGUUCUUCCGUGGAUCAAUUGCAUAUUGAUUAAUCAUAGUUAUCAUGUCAUUGCCCAAGAGGAAGUUACUCAGAUGCUUCAUUAUUUAAGCAAGAUGGUGAAGGCUCGAGGGGCUGCUUUGCAACCUUUGUUACAGUUAGUUGGUCGUUUGCAGCUUAUUCUGGAGCAGGUUAACAAGACAACUCAGAAUGGAGCUCAGGACCCAGUGCAGACGGACCAAAUCAACGGGAGUGACAGUGAGGAUAAUGAUGAUGAUGAUGAUGAGGUUGAUGAUAUGUACUAUGGCCAGGAAGAGGAUGAGUCCCAAUUAAGUACGGACAAUGAUGAGGAGGAAUAGGUUAGCACUCAGCUCAAUAGGCAAUCUGACAACAAUAUUGUACGAAAAUUUUCCAACCCACAAAGCUGUUAGGGGUGGGAUCAUGAUAUUGUAAUGAAACCACAUCCCAUUUUAGUUUAUGUUCGAAGAGCUGAAUACCCCUGGCUUUGGUUCCUUUACAGCUUGCAGAAGCUUGAGAAUACAAUUGAUCAAUACAUUUAUCUCAUUAUUCGGAA